AGGAAUUAUAGCACUACUGUGAGGUGGAAUCAAGUUCUGCAUUGGAGCUGGGAAUCCGAGCUCCCUUUGGAAUGUGCAACACACUUUGUAAGAAUCAGGAGUCGGGUGGACGAUGCCAAGUUCCCUGAGUUGAGUUUCUGGAGCAACUGGAGUUCAUGGGAAGAAGUCAGUGUACAAAAUUCUCUUGGGCAGGAUACAUUGCUUGUUUUCCCUAAAGAUAAGCUAGUGGAAGAAGGCUCCAAUGUCACCAUCUGUGCCAUUUCUCGGAGCAAUCAAAAUAACAUAUCCUGUUAUUUGGAAGGUGAACAGAUACACGGAGGACAACUUAAUCCAUACGUAUCCACAUUCCACUUAAAAAAUGUCCCUUUCAUUAGGGAAAGAGGAACAAAUAUCUUUUGUAAAGGGAACCAAGAUAAUAUAAAAGGCAUCGUGCUCUUUGUCUCAAAAAUACUUGAGGAGCCCAAGGACUUUUCUUGUGAAACCCAGGACGCCAAAACUUUGAGCUGUACGUGGGAUCCUGGGAGUGACACUGGCUUGGCUUGGUCUAAACAACCUUCCCAAAGCUACACUUUAUUUGAAUU